CCUUCGCUCGUCUUCUAACCGCCAAAAGGGUGGGAGUGGCCGGAGUGAAAGUUGCCGGAACCGGCUGUGGAAGCGAUGGAGUUGAGUCCGGCGCCGUUGUCUGGGCCUGCUGGCUCCUUCAAGGAGGAGCUGCUCUGCGCCGUCUGCUUCGACCCCUUCCGUGACGCGGUGACUCUGCAGUGCGGCCACAACUUCUGCCGCGGGUGCGUGAGCCGCUGCUGGGAGGUGCAGGCGGCGCCCUCCUGCCCGGUGUGCAAGGCCCGCGCGGCGCCCGCCGACCUGCGCACCAACCACACCCUCAACAACCUCGUGGAGAAGCUGCUGCGCGAGGAGGCCGAGGGCGCGCGCCGCGCCGGCCACCGCUCCCCGCGCCUCUGCCGCCCGCACCGCGGCCAGCUCGGCUUCUUCUGCCUGGAGGACAAGGAGCUGCUGUGCUGCCUGUGCCAGGCCGACCCGCGGCACCAGGGCCACCGCAUUCAGCCGGUGAAGGACACCGCCCACGAUUUUCGGGCCAAGUGUAAGAACCUGGAGCACAUGCUGCGGGAGAAAGCCAAGGCUUUCUGGGCCAUGCGGCGUUCCUAUGAGAACAUUGCCAAACAUAAUCAGGUAGAGGGGGCCUGGCUGCAAAGCCGUAUCCGGGAAGAGUUUGAGAAGCUCCGAGAGUUCCUGCAGAAUGAGGAGCAGGCCAUCCUGGACGCCAUGACCAAUGAGGCCAGGCAGAAGCAGCUCCUGGCCGACCAGAAGAUGAAGCGGCUUGAGGAAGAGACUGAGAUGCUUGCCCACGAGAUCGAGCGGCUUCAGGCAGAAAUGAAGGAGGACGACAUCUCUUUUCUCAUGAAACAUAAGAGCCGAAAACGCCGGCUCUUCUGCACCAUGGAACCAGAGCCUGUGCAGCCAGACAUGCUUGUGGAUAUCUGCAAGUACCUUGACUCCCUCCGGUACCGUGUCUGGAAGAAGAUGAUUACAUGUGUGGAAUCUGUGCCCUUUAGCCUGGACCCCAACACGGCAGCUGGCUGGCUCUCGGUAGCUGACGACCUCACCAGCGUUACCAACCAUGGCUACCAUGUGCAAGUGGAGAACCCGGAGCGCUUCUCCUCGGCGCCCUGCCUGCUGGGCUCCUGCACCUUCUCGAAGGGCUCCCACAGCUGGGAGGUGGCCGUGGACGGGCUGCAGAGCUGGCGGGUGGGUGUGGUGCGGGUGCAGUCCGAGGAGGGUGCUGAAGGCCACUCACUCAGCAACUACCACGACAUGCGUUCCGGCUUCUGGUACCUGUGCCGCACCCAGGGCGCAGAGGGGGACCAUUGUGUGGCCUCAGACCCAGCCACAUCCCCCCUGGUCCUGGCUGUCCCACGCCGCCUACGUGUGCAGCUGGAAUGUGAAGAGGGCGAACUGUCCUUCUAUGAUGCUGAGCGGCACUGCCACCUGUACACCUUUCAUGCCCGCUUUGGGGAGGUGCGACCCUACUUCUACGUGGGGAGUGCACGGGACAACAGGCCCCCUGAGCCUUUGCGUAUCUGCCCGCUGCGUAUCAGCAUCAAGCAGGAGCUGGACAGCUGAGCAGGGGCUAGCCUCAUCCUGAUGCCCAGCCGGGGCUGGACUCUGUACCCUGCCUUUGGGCAGCAUUCUUUACAGUUUUCUUAUUCUUUCUGGGUCUCCAAGUCUUGUCUCGUUUGGUUUUUGCCCCUGUCUCCCUAUAGUUAAAAGUCCCUCUCCCCCAGGCCUCUUGCUGGGCCACAAUUGGGGCACCUUCAGGUGCAAAUGUUUUGGACCUCGUAUCAGGACUUUGCUUCAGGAAGGGGCCUGUUCGUUCUACAAGCCAGGUUUCAUUAUUUCCCAGGUUUGGUGAGGCCAAGCAUCUGGUUGACUUUUUUAAGAAGAGUUUAUCACUCUGCUCCCAGGAAGAGGGGCAGGCUGCCUAUGGGGCCACCCGGGGCCUGGUAGGAGUCAGAGCAAGGUGGAAGUAUUGCCAAAGCCUUCAUCGUGGCUUUCUGGGAGGGAAGGCAGGGCAGUGUGAGCAGGGUGCAAAGGCAGCUUAGGUUGGGGCAGUCUGAGGAUCUGCAGCAGAUUCUGGGUUGUAGUGGCUGCCCCUGAAAGACUGACACUUGCCCGUGAGAGCCUUGUGGCAGAUGCAGGAGGCACUGGUGGCAGGCCCUGGGGUGGUGGCUGUCCCAGGACUGGUUGGCUUGGAAGGGGCCACCUGAUGAGUUCCAGCUUCAGAGUUUCAGGAACACAGUAAGUGAAGCACAGUCUCUGCAGGGCCAUGCUGUGGCUUUGCUACAUGACCCAGGGCUCGGCCUGUCUGUCACCUUCUGUUACUGUUUUAAAAUCGCUGCACAGGUCUCACUGGGAAGGUGGAGCUUCCCACUGACCCCGUUGAUCAGCUCCCAUUCUUGUUUAUAUUGGAGUAGGUGGUUUCCUCAAAGACACGAGUUCUGGAGCACUUUUGUGCCCACACUGCGUCUGUUUCCUGUGAGAUGAUGGUGCUGGUGGGCGGUGUCCUGUAACUGCCAUGGAGGAGGGCCCUCUGCUUAAUUCUUUCCAAGAUCUGAGAAGGGAAGACAGGAGGAGGCCUUUUUAGUUAGAAAAAAGAAAAGGCGGACACCCUUGGCCUCCCGGCUUGCUUGUCUUCCCGUGCUCCACUCCCCUGCUUGCUUUUCGCUGCCACCUGCGGAAGCUCCCUAGAUUGCCCCCCCCCCCCCAAGCUGGGUUCCUCCACUGCUUCUUUCUUAGACCUAUGUGUCAUUUCUAGUUGCAGCCCAGGAAGCCAGUUGAUAAAAGCAAACAUUUUGCUAUGGGUGUGAUAUGCUAGUAUCCUGCCUGUAUUUACCACUUCAUAAAAACUCAAACUUUCAACAAAGUAUGAUUCAUGCCCAUUAAUUGGUUAUCAAUGUCUUGUGCACAUCAGUUAUGUAACAAAUGGGGUCACAGGGAGGGACCAGUUUGGAGCUGCUACUGUGAUUCCAGCCAAAUUGGUGGGAGGAAGUGAACACUAGUCCAUGCGUGUCAGGUGCUCAGCCUGAAGAAGUCUGGCAUGUGGGGAGCUAGACAGCUCAGAGUGUACACCUUAUGCUGUUGAGUGUUUUACCUAUUGCGUAUAGUUUCUGUAUAGUGAACUUGACCUGAAAUUACUUUGUUAUAAUAGAGUUCAAUUUUUUUUUAAUUUUUACCUUAGAUGUAAAUUUUUUUAACCAUUAAAGACAGUUUGAUCUGGAUAUGGUGAUACAGUACCUGUUAUCUCAUCACUGUGGGAGGUUGAGGCAGGAGGAUCACAAGUUCAAGCCCAGCCUGGGCAACUGGUUAGCCUAAGCCUUUUCAAAAUAAAUAAAAAGAUACAUUCUUUUAAUAUGAGUUUUCUUGUUUCAAGUUUAUCCAUGCUGUCCUGUGUAUUG